AAAUUAACAAAUGGCCAUACGGAUGUAUAUAUUGAAAGGUUGUGAGGAUAUCCAUCAGUGCUGAAGUAUUCGGGUCCACAAAAUUACAUAAAAUGGGUCGGAUAAGUGUCCUCGUGUUUGCCGUAGUGGCCACAGUUUGUUUAACUUUAGUAAGCUCAGCCCGUAUAGCAAGGUCUCCUCAAUUCGGCGGCGGCUCGUUCUCCCAGGCUAACUCCCAGUCUGGCACCUUCGGCGGUGGUCCCUUCCAACCGCAGUUCGGCCCCCGCCCCCCGUUCAAUAACCAACCCCAGUUCGGACAGCCUCAUGGAUUCGGGCCUCGCGGGUUUGGUAACAACGGUGGAUUCGAUAACCACGGUGGCUUCGGCAAUAACGGCGGCUUCGGCGGUGGCUUUGGAGGACCACGACCUGGCUUUGGCGGACCACAGCCUGGCUUUGGAGGAUCACGUCCGGGUUUCGGAGGACCACAGCCUGGUUUUGGCCAGGGUGGUUCCCUGAACAUCGCCAAGAGCAUUAGCAUCAGCAGAGGAAACGGCGGCGGCGGCUUGGCCACUGCUGGCUCUGGAUCUUUCGGAAAUGGAAAAUAAGUGGCUUAUGAUACCUAAAUGAUGACUGUGUUGUCUACUUUUAUAAAAUAAAAUAGUAUUGUGAUAUUA